GGCUGAAGCCCAACUUGUAAGUGCCUAUACAAGCUACACAUUUCCAAUAGGUCUGACCGUCCAAAUCCAAAGCCAAAACCAAAAGCCCAUCUCAGCCCAACCCAAUUGUGAUUUGUGAACAACCGUGAAACCCUAAUUCUAAUUUGCCCCUACACAGCUUCACUUCACACUUCAAUAGUUUGCAGCCGUAGCAGCCCUGCCAGUCGGCAGUCGCCUCUCAAGUCUCGGCUCCGCCCCUCUGCGACGCUGCUGAUUGCUUGCACUUCUCAGAUUAUAAUUUGGAUUUGAACAAGCAAUGGCUUCUAAGCAGCCAAACUCUGGCCUUUUUGUUGGACUGAACAAGGGCCACAUUGUAACGAAGAGAGAAUUGCCCCCACGGCCAUCUAGUAGGAAAGGGAAAACCAGUAAAAGAGUCCACUUUGUGAGGAACUUGAUUAGGGAAGUUGCAGGUUUUGCACCAUAUGAGAAAAGAAUCACUGAGCUUCUUAAAGUUGGGAAAGACAAGCGUGCAUUAAAAGUUGCAAAGAGAAAGUUGGGCACCCACAAGCGUGCAAAGAAGAAGCGUGAGGAGAUGUCUAAUGCCCUCCGCAAGAUGAGAUCGGCUGGUGUCAGUGAGAAGAAGAAGUGAAACACAUAUUGCUAAUCUGUAGUUUUCUAAUAUAUGAACCUGCCCCUCAAUUGAGAAGCUGAGUUAGGGAAUUUUAUUUAUCAUGUUGAUGUUUUUUUGUCCGAGAAUGAUGUUUUGCUUAGAACUGUGUUUUGUUUUGAAGAAGAGACUUGAAAAUUGAGACAGUUAUCAUUAUGUCUUCUGUAUUUCCCAUCCAUACAGAUGCAAUUUAUCCUUUCAGGCUGGGUGAAUCAUUUGGCUGUCA